CGAGUUACGUAAUAUAAGAAUAAUUUUCCUGUGAUACAUGUUUAAAAAGUUAUGAUUGUCUUAACCUGGUCAAAAUGCACUAAUUAAUGGUCAACCUCUUCAAUACCUACUCAGUGGCCUAGUGGUUAGAGUGUCCGCCCUGAGAUCGGUAGGUUGUGAGUUCAAACCCCGGCCGAGUCAUACCAAAGACUAUAAAAAUGGGACCCAUUACCUCCCUGCUUGGCACUCAGUAUCAAGGGUUGGAAUUGGGGGUUAAAUCACCAAAAUGAUUCCCGGGCGCGGCCACCGCUGCUGCCCACUGCUCCCCUCACCUCCCAGGGGGUGAUCAAGGGUGAUGGGUCAAAUGCAGAGAAUAAUCUCGCCACACCUAGUGUGUGUGUGACAAUCAUUGGUACUUUAACUUUAACUUUAACUUUAAUACAAAGUCAUUGGGGCUCAAUAUUUUAUUCAUGACCUUUUUUGUUAAAAAUGCCAUAACUUUAUUAAUGUGUACCCUAUUAUAAAAAGGUGCCAUCAAGCCCCCCGCACCCCAAAAUAGAUAAGAAUUCAACUGUCCGGUUUGAGUUUUUUUUUACUAUAGCCAGAACGAUCAUAAACAAUCAUUUUGUUUACUUGUUUUUGACAGAAGUUAAAUAUGAUUUACCCAAAAAGUUAACAUCCAUAUGAAGUGACCCCAUAUAUGUAAAUACUUUCCAUUUAUAUUAUAGUUCCAUCCAUCUAUCUAUUUUCUACUGCUUUUCCCUUCCGUGUCGUGGGGGGUGCUGGAGCCUAUCCCAACUGCGCUAGGGCGGAAGGCGGGGUACACCCUGGACAAGUCAACACAGAUCGACAGACUACAUUCACACACUCGCGUCAAUUUAGUGUUGCCAAUCAACCUAUCCCCAGUUUGUGAUACAAAAUUUAUUUUUUCAUUAACAGGAUGGACAAAAAGAAAAUGACAACAUAAGAGGUUAAGAGUUCCCACAAAGAAAAUGAAGGACCUGCAUAAUUCUCCUCCCCCAAAUUAGCAAUCUGGUAAAUCUCUGGAUGUGUGGCAAAGCGGACUACGGUUAAGCCAAAUUGCCGUGUUACAUGUAGCUAACAAACUGGAAAAAGGACUUUAUUAGUUUGUUUAGUAUUUAAAGAACAGCUGAGAAUGCCACCUUGGGAAAGUUGCCCCAAGAAGGUUAGUAACAGUACCCUAAUUGUAAUGAGGCCACACACCUCUAAGACAGCGAUGGGCAAGCUCACCCUACUGGAUAUGCUUUAAAAUGCAUAUAGGGAUGGGGAGAGGGAAUAAUCAUAACAUUGUUGUCCAAAUGAGGUGACAAAUACCAGUCCAAAUUUUUAUACUCAAAUAAAAAAUGUUAAACACUUUCUCUUUUGCACUCUCUCUUUCAGGGUGUUUGGCCUUCGUCAGAUGGGAGGACGGUUAUACCGGCAAAAUCUUUACUGGAGCAGACAUUUUGUCAAGAGAUGAAGCUCCUGUGCAGAUCUUAGAACAGGAGAUUCUGUUUUAGCAAAGUGGUCAGACGGUAAAUUUAUAGGGCAACUGUUGAAUAUAUUUCAGGAAAAGUGACAUGGGACUUGUAACAGGCAGCAACACUGUUGGACCACCACCACCACCCUAUGGGAGAGAUGCAGGCAACCCAUCUGUCGAGGACACUAUCUCAUAUCAACCACAGGCAGAAAAAUCAUGGACGCCAUGUGAUGGAUGUUGGGAGGAGUUCGAAAAAAUCCUGCGAGAAAAGCAACAAAUCGAAGAAGUCCUCUUGAAAAUAGAUCCGGACCAAGUCAGAGUACUCCAAACUCUCUGCGACCUCGUUAGUGACAAAUACAGCGACGGCCCUCCUCAACAAUCGGGCCAGCAGGAGCUCUUUCCUGAGAGCGGCGUAUUCAUGUCCUCGUUCCGCCUUGCUGCUAUGAGUCAUGCUUCAAAGCCCAAUUGCAUGCGUUUAUUCCACGCACUUUUUGACCACUUUUUUACAGUUGAGGAGUGUCAAAAUGCUGUCGCUUUUGGUCGCCCUGGAAACAAACCUGCAGGAACAGGAAAGCGCAUCCUUGACCGGAAAAAAGUUGAAGAAAUCCUAACGUAUGUCCUGAGAUGCGGUACCUUUCCUGAUUGGGACAAUAUUGAGGAGGCCAAGCUCAAGCAAGCUUUGGUAAACAAAUGUCGGGCAAGAGCAGGUUUUAAGUAGGCCCUUGUACCUGCCAAGUUCAUUCUGGGGUAGGAUGUUUCCUUAGUAAACAUGUUGAUAUUUUGGUCUGGGGUUGCGCAGUAUAUAUUGUAUAAAAAUGCCCUAUGAUGUAGCUUUUAGUACCACGUUAUACUGUGACAAUGCAUAUUGAGCUGUGCUGUGUCUCGCAAAUUUGGCACUGAUGCAACCUCACUAACAAGCUAGCGGCUAAUAUCCCUUCACAGUACAAAGCUGUUUCCAAAUAAAAAACGAAAAUGACGCAGUAUGUUACUGCUUACAUAAUCAGGUAUAUUAGUAGCUUUUGUAACCAAUUUCAAAAUGUUUUAAUGAUCAUUUAUGUACCAAAUGUUAUAUUGUUAUCGCAGGAGGCUGUUCUAUUGUUUACAACAGUGUUUCUUAAUCAUAGGGCUGGGGCCCACUGUUUGGCUGCGAAUACCCCUUGGGGGCCGCCAAUAAAUAUCUGUUUCUUAGCUGUGGUCCGUCCAUAUGGGCCGCAAUGGUACUCAGUUGUAAUACACUUUAGUGUAAGAUGACUAAUUCAGUGUUUGUAUUUGAGUGGGUCCCAGACCCCUCUGUAGUGGAAAAGUUGGUCGGGCCCUGAGGUAAAAAAUGUUAAGUAUCCUUGGUGUUCAAUGUGUGAUUAUUUUUUAUAUGUAGACCAGUUCCAAACACCACGGUUACAAUUUUAUAAAUGUAUUUCAGUUUUUCCUUGGAAUAUUUCCAAAAUGGAAAUUUAGUCAUUUACUCACCCUCUUACUGAGAUUAAGUCAGGUGUUUUUUUUAACUACGGUACAUGGUUUGCUCAACAAGGAGUUAAAAAAAACUACACCAGACUUUUUCACAACAACAAAGUGAGUACUUGAGGUUAAAUUCAUUUAGUUUUGUAUUUGUUUUAUUUUUUGUAUAUUGUUUUCUAUGUUGUUUUAAUUAUUGUGAAUGUCAAUAUGUA